AUGCCAAACGCAGAACCAUUUACAAAACCAAUGGAUCUGCUCAAACCAUCAAAACCAUUUCUUUUGCACAACCACUUAAUGCAACUUCUCCAUUUCACAAUACUGCUUCACCUGGACACUUGUCACACUUUCCUUGUGCCCAAGAGAUAUGACCUCGUCAAAUGCAAAUAUCAGCUCAAAAGUAGCCCUGCCAAAAUCCCUUGUUCAUCUAAAGACAUGGAAGACUCAUGUACAUAG